AUGAAGACUUCCAUCAUCACCUCCGCCCUCCUCGUCGGCGCCGCCGCCGCCGCCGCCGCCGGUGGCAAGCACAGCCAGCACGGCCACAAGCACCGUCGCAACAACGACAGGCGUGCCCUCAUCACCGAGACCGCCUGGGUCACGGAGACCGCCUGGGUCACCGAGUACCAGGACGCCACCACCACCACCAUCCUGGCCGCCGCCGUCUCUCUCGAGGCCCUGUCCGAGCCUCAGGCCGAGGAGGUUGAGCCGUCCACCACCGCCGAGCCCACCACCGCCGAGCCCACCACCACCGAGCCUGCUGCCCCCGUCGUCGAGCCUACCACGACCAGCACCUCGACGACCGAACCCGCUCCCGUCGCCGAGCCCACCACCUCCACCACCCAGCAGCAGGUCCAGCAGGUCCAGCAGCAGCCCACCACCACCUCUACCCAGCCAGCCCCCGAGCCUACCACCACCACCCAGCAGCAGGUCCAGCAGCAGCCCGCCACCACCACCUCCUCCGAGGUCGCCGUCGUCUCCGCCAGCAGCAGCGUCGAUGUCAGCGUCGGCACCGGCGGCGGCGGCGGCGGCGAAUCCCACCAGGGUGAGAUCACCUACUACACCGUCGGCGUGGGCGCCUGCGGUGAGGACGACACCGGCAAGGACGAGUCGGAGAACAUCGUCGCCCUGUCCCACCUCUUCAUGGGUCUCCUGUCCAACAACAACCCCCUCUGCGGUCAGACCAUCACCCUCUCGGCCAACGGCAAGACCACCCAGGCUAUCGUCAAGGACAAGUGCAUGGGCUGCGCUCUCACCAACAUCGACGUCUCCACCAAGGUCUUCCUCGAGCUCUUCGGCACCCUCGACGUCGGCCGUGCCGACAUCACCUGGUCUCUCCUGUAG